UCAGGAAAUCCCCUUGCCAGCUACGUCAUCGCCAAUAGAAAACUGGUUGCCAAAUAGUAGAUGUAAUCUAACAAUGACAAAAACAUUAACAAGAUGGCAGCGGAAAUAAAUCCAGAAGAGAGGAGACAGGGAAAUGUAAGAAAACCCAUUUUGCUAAAUAAAAUUGAAGGAUGUCCAGACACUAUUAACGAGGCCAUAAUAAUUCCUAGAGAGGAUGGAGUUAUAAGUGUUAGUGAUGAUAAAACCCUUCGAGUAUGGCUGAAGAGAGACUCUGGUCAAUACUGGCCAAGUAUUUGCCAUUCAAUGUCAUCUGAGGCAUCUUGUGUAAAUUACAACCCAGAGACAAGAAGGCUUUUUGUUGGACAAGACAAUGGUACAAUAUCUGAAUUUGAAAUUACAGAAGACUACAACAGACUCAUACAUCGGAGAGAUUACAUUGCUCACCAAAGUCGUGUGACUUCAGUCAAGUUUUGUUUAUCAUGGGAGUCUGUACUUAGCUGUGGAAAAGAUAAAUAUUUCAUGUGGCACUGUUCUGAAACUGGGCGCAGGUUUUGUGGCUAUCAAGCUAAUGCAAUGUGUCUGUGUUUAGAAUAUGAUGAACAGUCUAAAUAUGUGUUUAUAGGUGAUUACUCUGGCCAGGUAGCAGUGCUCAAGUUGAAGGACUCCUCAUUUGACUUUAUUGUUACUCUCAAAGGACAUGCAGUGAGCUUCCUCAAUUUUCGAAGAGAUUUGUCAAAAACUCCAGCCCCUGGAUUGUCCGCUCUGCGUUUGUUGAUUGGUCUUGGUAGUAUUCGAUGUCUGUCCUGGGAUCCUGACAAACAGUUGUUAUUCAGUGGAAGUUUUGAUCAGUCUGUGAUUGUCUGGGACAUUGGUGGCAGGAAGGGAACAGCAUUUGAGCUGCAAGGUCACAAAGACAAGGUUCAAGGUUUAGCUCAUUCUAAGUCCACACGCCAAUUAUUGUCUGGUUCUGAUGACUGUGUUCUGGGCAUUUGGGACAUGGAUAUCCAAAGACUGGAGACUCCUGAUUGGAUAGAAAGUGAUGUCUGUCAAAAGUGUGACUCACCUUUUUUCUGGAAUUUUCGCAAAAUGUGGUCAGACAGAAAAGUUGGUAUUCGGCAGCACCACUGUAGAAACUGUGGAAAGGCUCUGUGUAACAAUUGUUGUAGCAAAUUGUCAACUAUCCCCAACAUGGGCUAUGAAUAUGAGGUCAGAGUGUGUGACAGCUGUUUUGAGGCAAUAACACCAGAAGAAAAAGCUCCACAUGCCACUUUCCAUGAUAUGAAACACAGUAUUGUUCAUAUGCAUUUGGAUGAGACUAGAAAAAUUCUCCUGACUACAGGAAAGGAUAGAGUCAUGAAGUUGUGGGAUAUGAGCCUGGUGUUACAUUAAGUUCUAUACCACACAAAGAACAUGUUGCUAUUGCUCUUGUCAAAUUGUAAUGUACAGCAUUUACUUGAAAUGUUUCUAAGGAGACAUUGAAUGAGGAGAGAUUCAGUAAAGAAUAAAUGUGUCUAAGGACUAAGAGAUUUUUUUAUUUUGAUUUUGUGUUUUAUCUUUGUAUUAUAAUUCUGUUCACUAUUUUAUUCAGUUGAAUGACUGUCAUCUGGACUUCAAAAUAAAUUGCUUUUGGUCAAUGUCCCAAAGUUGAUGCAAAAAUGAAAGUUCAUAUGACAUUUGAUUUUACAUGUUUUUGCAGUCAUGAAAUGUUAUUUAUUGAAACAAAACAAAACUAAAAAGCAUAAUACAAUGUAUUAUCUGUUCUAAAAAGUCAGAUUGAAUGAUUGAAUUUCUUCAGGAGAAAAUCUGACGAACAAAAAAAUAUUUGCAUGCCUUACAUGCUUGAGUUGCCCAAAUAAAAUUGUUUACCAUGUAUGGUAGAUUGAGAGUUUUAUCCUCAUCAUAUUGCAUACCAGAAGUCUAAAUGGUGUGUUGCAAACUUUGUUGUUUUUUUUUUUUUCAUUGUGUGAAAGAAAUGUUUACAUUUUUUUUUUUUUUUGCUGCUUCAGAAUGUUUUUUUAUUUUUGUUCUUAUUUCAUAUGCAAUGAUUUUUUUCUUUGUGUUUUAUUUCAAAUUACAAAAUGUUAUAAGAAAAAUGUUUCCCUAUGUUUAGUAGAAUUAUUUUUGCCUUUUUGUUUUGGUGGGAGGGAGGGUUUCAUUUGAUGAAGUAUUUAAUUUAGUAUUAUUGAAUUUAAAAAGCAAUAAUAUUACAUGGAGCAUUAUUAACUCAAUAGUGAAGAAGCCAAAGAAAAAAAGGUUUGCUCUAUGAUCUGGAGCAUCUUAAUGAUGGUGCUUGAUGGCCUAGAUAAUGUAACACCUGUUCAACUUUACUUUGCUUUUAUGUAGAAUAUGAAGAGGAGGGACUUAAGAAACGUCUGAUCCGAUAUUUUUUAUAUUUAAAUGAAAUAAGGUUUGCUCCAUCUGUUGAGUCUGUUCAGGUUUUAUAAUUUAGUUGAAGUAAAUGUGGUGUUUAUCAAUAGGCUCUUGAUAGAACUGGGUGGAGCCUGAACCUAUUCAAGUAGAGGCUUCAAUCUAUAGUCCAUUCAUUCCAAAUAUUUUUUAAGAAAUGGAUUGUAGAAUUACUUUCAACUUUUGUUUUUUCUUUUAAUGUAUUUAUUUUUGACACAAGGACAAAAACAUGUGAUACCAAAGUUGUUUGUUUUAUGAAUGUCAUUAUUUUGUUUUCCUAGUUUUUUUUGUUUUUUUUGCAACAAAACAUUAAAGGUUUGGAAAUCAUUAUACUUUUUAUGACAGCCAAAGUACUUUAAAAAAAAAAAAGCUUUUUUUAAAGGCCAAAUUUAAAUAUACUUUAUGAUUUCUCCUAAUCAUUGUAAAUACUUCUGAUACAUGUAAAUUUGUUUCUUAAAAACACAGCACUUGUUGCCAACUAGCUUUUGGCCUGUUUAUGUAAUUCCACCAUUUUCUUGACAUCAGCUGUCAACUAAAAGGUUUUAAUGAAGUCUUAACACACAUACACACAAUGUGAAAAAACAAUUCUGCAGGACAUUCAAUUCAGUAGCAAGUGAAAGAUGUCCUUACAACUCUGUUCAUGGUAGAAGUAAAUCAACUAAUUUCAGCUGAAUACAGUAUCAUCAUGUUUUCAGCCUUUUGACAGAACCUCCCCCCACCCCCCCCCCCUCCUUUUUUCAUUCCUCAGUUUAUAUUAAAUGUGGGUGGACCGUAUUUGCAAAUUCAGGUCCAAAAAGCAUUGUCCUGAACAUAUAUUAUUUGGCUUCUAUUGUUUUUCAGUGAAUAUAAACAUUAGUCCUAUAUCAAUUUCUGAAAUCUAUUGAUAGUGAAAUAGAACUUGUUUUAUUUUUCUUCUAAGUCUUUGCAGUGCUUCACACUCAACCCAACAGAAAAAGUUUUGUAUUUUAAGAGAAUUGAUAGUCAGAACACAGUCUCAUCUCUCUGCUCCUGGUCUUAUCAGGAGCAUAGGCUACCAACCAGCUUCAUCCAGGUGUCUCUGUUCUGGGCGAGUCUCUACAACUGUCCCAUCUUGCCUAUCUGUUUGGCAUCUGCUUCCAAAUCAUAGUGCCAUGAAUUUCUGCCCCCCCCCCCCUUCCCUCUUUUCUUACCUUGGCGGUUCCAGGUGAGAGCUUUGUUGUGAUGUUGUAUGCAGGCUUGCAAAGGGUGUGGCCUAUUCAUCUCCAGCAUCUCUGAAGGAUAUCUACUUCAAUGGGCUGCUGCUUAGUUCUUUGACACAAUUCCUCAUUCGAGAUCUAGUCUGGCAAACAAAUCAUCAGUAAAUAAAUGAUGUAUCUUUGUAAGAAGUUCAAUUACUCAAUUUUAUUUAUUUAUUUUUGCCAUUUAAGAUGGUACCUAAUUUAUGGUUGCUUCACUUUUACAAAUGACUAUUUUUGUUGGAAAAAUGUGUAGAACCCAGUUUUCCAAUGCUGUCCCAUGGCAGAUUGUAAGACAAUUUCCUACUUCUGAUUAUCAUUGUAUAAUUAAUUUUAACCUUAGCAUUUAAACGAUUCUUGUCCAUCUUCUACAAUCUACUUCCAUUGAAAUCAAACCUAUUUAAUUAUUGUAUAGUCAAAUCAGUGUUGUUGAUCAUUUGCUUGUAUUGACAAGCCAGACAUUUAUAUUCAUUGAUCCAUUUGGUUUUCCUACAUGUUGUGCAAUGUUUGUACAAACUCAACAUUUUGUUAUAUGUUUCAAUGAAUCUGAUACAAAUAAAUCAGCUCAGCUCACA